AUAAAAUGUGUUGGCAACAAAAAUGCUCAAUAGAAAAUUUUUAUCAUUUUUUUUAUCACGUUUUUAUCAGUCGGUAGGUAUUUUUGUUUUGGAAUUUUUUGGAGAGAACGAGAGUAAAAAUUUAUAGAAAAAGUUUCCCUUAAAUUAUGCUGAUAUAUAUCGUAAUAAAGUUGUAGUAAAUGUAUAUUCCAAUUCAUCUUUCGUCUUGAAAUCAUCGACAAUUCAAUCUGAGUGAAUACAUCAACUCAAAAAAAUGGUUAUCAAGAAUGCUGUAGGAGCAUGGAAACUACUUGAUGGUAUCGUUUGUAUUUACAAAUCUCCACCUUCCUACUCAAUGAAUCACCUUCGCCAUGUAUUUUUUCAGAAACUAUCUGAUCAUCUCAAUUCAUUAAAGUGUAGAGAUGUGAAAGAAUACGUUGAUAUUAUUGGAGAUACUUCCAAAGAGUUGACAGUUCGCGUAACACAAAAUUAUGCCGACCAUCCAUUAGCAGUGGGCCCUCGUUAUAUGCCACAAGAUUUUCGUUGGAAAUACGUUAAUUUAUUGGGAGAACGAACCACUGGUCUUUGUGUUUUAGGAGUUAACGAAGGAUGUCAAUUUGCUCAAGAGUACAAACAAGCACAACCUUUGAAAGUAUAUCAUGUUAAAGGACGUUUGGGUCUCUUAACUAACACAUGUUUUGCUGAUGGAAAACCCACUUUUAAAUGUAACUACAAUUUUUUAACCAUCGAUGAUAUAAAUCGAGUGGUUGCUGCAGUACAAGCCAAUCAUCAAAAAAAUCUGUUUCACUUGACCGGAGUAGAUUUACAAAGUCAGAGCGCGUAUGAACUGGCCUCCUCAGGACUUAUAAGACCAGCAGUAAAGGAUGCUCCUGUAAUUUAUAAUAUAAAGUGUAUUGAUUUCAGUUCACCCGAUUUUACUUUAGAAAUUACUAGUUUGAAUGAAGAUGAAGAAUAUUUGCUCAAGGUGAUUUUAGAUGUUGGAUAUUUUUUGAAAAAUGUCGCAUCAACUGUGUCAAUACGUUGCAUUAGAGUGGGAUUUUUCAACAUAGAAUUAGCUUUACUGAAAAAACAUUUCACAGUAGAAAAUGUACUCGAAAAUAUGAAAAAGUGUUAUAAUAUAAUUGAACAAUCUAAGAAGAUGGACGUCGAACUUCAAAAACUCGAAGGAAACUCAGCAUCGCGCUCUCAAGAAAUGAAAGAGGAUGUCGAAAUGGUUGAUGAAGAAUUGUUAGAUUUUGAUCCGCAAUUGAAAGCUCAUUGAAUUAAAUGUAAUUUUUUGUUUGUUGUAUUAAAUUUUUUUCCAUAACUAA